CCCGCCCGGCCCCGCCCCCCCGAGCAGCGCCUUAGCGGCGGCGGCGGCCCGCGGCCGGGCGCAGGACGACGGGAUGGCGGCGGCGGGCGCGGAGCGGGUGCAGGACGGCAGCUGCCACUUCCAGCGGUCCCGGCUCCUCUGGAUGAUCGCCAUCGCCUUCGGCAUGAUCCUGCUGGGCUGGGUAACGCUUUCACCCUCAACCAUACCUUAUAGCUAUUUGGGAAUCUUUGGCAGCUUCCUUCACCACAUCGCAGAGCACUACCACACAUGGGUGUGUUACGGGUUCUAUGUAUCCUGGUUGAUUCACCUAGUAGAAGCCUUGUACGGUGUGAAGUUAUGCCAAUCUAAAGGCAUCACUGACCCAGCAGUUCAGUUUCAUUGGUUCGUUCAGACACUUCUAUUCGGGUAUGCUUCUUUUGGUCUUCUGGUGUCUUACAAACCUACAGUCAAGAAGCACUUCUAGAAGACUGUGAAAGGCGUCUCCUCCGACAUUCUUCAUCCUAAUUUUUCAGAAAAUAACCUGUAAUUAGCUAAUUUAUGUUCCUUCUAUGUUAUGCGAUGUCCUUCUACCAAAGUAACUCUCCUCUUAUUAAAGAAGAAACUUAAAUUGUAUUUCACAGGGCCCUCUGGAUAGUUCAGCAGAAAUUCAGCCCUUCAGUCAUGGCACUGCCAAAGUUUAAUCCACUUGACUGUGCAAGAAGCCAAAGGUUGCUCCUUUGCAAUGUUUGGCAUAGAUUGUAUAGUCUGAUCAUUGUUGAUAAGAAAAGUCCCUGACAGCUGGUAGCAGUGGUUGAUAAACAACCUUUUCAUGGAGAGGAAAUUUCUUCUACAACAGGAACAGUUACUUGCAGCCACAAGGCAACUAGCACCUGUUUUGUGGUAGGAUUUAAGUUUUCCUCUAUUUUCUCCACAGGACCUUAUACUACCUUUUUCUUUUUUUGUUAGAUCUUGGUUUCUGUACUUUGUUUUCUUAACUUGCUUUGUUCCACAAAGGACAGACCACUUUAUUGCUGCAGGCACAUUAAAAAUACCAAGUCUCAGUUCAGGUUGAGGUACAGUGACGAGCAGGGAUACAUAAAGCACUUUAACUUAGUUUAAUACAUGUGCCUUCAAUUUCAUGCAGCAUGACCUCAUCUUUUGAAUGAAGAUUUUAAUGAUUACUGUAGUAUAGAGUGUAGUCUCCCUAGUAUACUCUAUUCUUUCUAUAGAGCAUAAAGAGAAUCCUGUAGCUUUUCUGAGAACUAAUUUAUUAUCCAAGAAAAAGCACAAACAAUUAACAUCUCAAAAUCUAGCUGAAAAUGUUCUAGAUUGGUGAAUGAAAAGUAUGCAUACUGAGUAAACACCCACUGCUGUUUACCAGAUGCUCAUGCACUGAAAUCUUGGUUGUGAGACCAUCUUAAGCAUCCCUCAGAGUACUUCCUGUAUGGGUAGUGAGCCCUUUUAUCGUAUUGUCUGUUUUAUACUUCUCAAUAUUUUAACCAGAAUUAGCCUGUCUUAACACUUUUAGAAGUAAUUAUUUAUAAUAUUAACUAUGAUGUGAGGAGAAGUUGUACCACAGUCUGUGACACUGUAGGAAAAAAAAAAGGACAAGAAAAGGUGGGGUUUGCUCUAAAGAAAAGCAGUAACAAGUAAAUAUAUACCAUGUCCAGUCCAUACAGACUAUACUGUAAAACUUAGUCUUGUUAAAUACAGGUACAGGAAGUUUUUGCUUUUCAGCUGCUACUAAGAGCAUGGAGAACUGAUGGGUUUAAAACUCAUGGAUUUUUUUUUUCCUUUUUUUUGGACAGUGGCCCAGGAAUAACAGUAAUAGUUUUUAGAGUAGAAAGUUCUGUUUAGUGGUUAGAAAUUGACAGCAAUGUCAAGAACCUGAGCUAUGUUGGUUCUACCAUCUAACCUUUCCUCUUAUUCUGUGAUCCUUGAAUAAAGUUAAAAAAA